GCCACACAACAUGGCGUGAAGUACAAAACAUAAUUUGCGAAAUAGAUAUAGAGGAAGACAAUGGAGUUUCUUCAGCAUUUGGCAGCUUCCUUAAAACGUGGAAGGACAGCGGAACUGCCUGCAGAUGACAAAGCUGCCUUUUACACCAUAAUGCCAAUGGUGAUUGCUAAUCAGCACAGAUCAGUGACUGACUUGCUCUCUGGCUCCAAGUUUGAUGUCAAUUAUGCAUGUGGUCGAGCGAGGCGGACAUUGCUCCAUGUUGCUGCAAAUUGUGGAUCAUAUGAGUGCCUGUGCCUGCUGCUGAAGAAGGGCUCAAAGGUGAAUCUUCAGGAUGUGUCCGGCUGUACACCUCUGCAUCUUGCAGCUAGAAACGGACAAAAGAAAUGUCUGAACAAGUUGCUGGAGUAUAAAUCUGAUGUCAAUAUUCGCAACAACGAAGGGCUGACUGCAAUCCACUGGCUGGCGGUGAACGGCCGGACAGAGCUGCUGCAGGAUCUACUUCAGCAUGUACAGGAGGUGGACAUAGAGGACUCUCAGGGACAAACUGCACUACAUGUAGCCUGUCAGAAUGGUCACAAGUCUACUCUGCAGUGCCUGCUGGACCAUGGGUCUGACAUCAAUAAGGUCAACCACAACAAAUGGACACCUCUCCACUUUGCUUGCAGUCAUGGUCAGCAUGAAGCAGCCUCCAUCUUGAUGAAGAGAAAUGCUAAGUUUGUGGAGGAAGAAAGGGGGAAGACUCCCCUUGACCUCAGUGUGGAGGGAGGCUACGGUGAAACGUGUGAGGUGCUGCUACAGAACCAACCCAAGCUGUUUGACAAGCUCCUCCAGAGUGUCCAGAGACCCUUCAUCAUGGGAGACAUGAUGGAGAAGGUUCUGGUCUACCUGACACGUGCUGACACAACACUGCAGGACCGAGUGCUGUUUGGACUGGCGGAGCAGAUGUCAGUCAUUGGUCAUCACCUUCUGAGCAGCAUGAACACCGAUGCGGACGCCGACAUCACCAGCCUGCUGAAGUGUGCACACGCCCUGUCCCACCUCCUGACACGGCAGCGGACCGCCUCCAUGGGCAGUCUCAAGGACAUGCCUGUGACCAAGCCGGACCGAUCACAAAGCAUUCCAGAGGACCCAUUGGAGCCUUUAGCGGGAUUGUGGCAGCUGCUUGAAGACUGGCUGAUCCUCCUCAAGGUCGAGAUGACCGAUACCAAAACGUGUACCAAGACACAACCUACUGUCUCACCAGCUUCUACAAACACUCAGGAUGUACCCAAAGGCAAGGAACAGGAAGAGAGAACUUCAAGCAAAGACAUGAAGAAACCAGACAGCAAAACUGUGAUAGCAGAAUCGGGAAGUGUACCGACCAGGUUGCCACCAUUCCCUUCACAGGAGGAGGACCUGGUGACCGGAGUGUUCCCUCGCGUGUGUGCACUCAUCAACGCGUGCUACAUCUGUAAUGUUGCACAUGCUCAACUGACACUCAGCACACCUCAGCCUAACUUCACUGAGUUCCUCUUGAAGCAUCUUGAUGUCUUGAGGAUGCUGGUUGCAAAGGAGCCUGGUGUGAUCUUCCAGCACUUCAACUUCCUGCUGCACUGUCAUGAACUGAUGGCCUACUUCCUGCCCACCAUCAGAGCACAGCCUUUUGAAGUUCGACGUGAAUGGUUUUACACCAACUUGAAGACGAACGUGAAGACGUCAGAUGUAGAUCCGGACAUCCCUGUCCUGACAGUCAAGAGAGAUCGACUCUUCCAUAGCAGUUGUGAGGAGAUCAUCGCCCUGAACCCGUCCCGCCUCAAGAUCAACCUCUCUGUACGCUUCAAUGGUGAAGAGGGCAUGGGACAUGGUGUGGUUCGAGAAUGGUUUGAUGUACUUUCCCGGGAGAUACUGAAUGCUGACUAUGCUCUCUUCACACAAUCAGCUGACGGCUGUACGUUCCAGCCCAACAGCAACUCCUCCAUCAACCCCGACCACCUCAGCUACUUCCGCUUUGCCGGACAGGCCAUCGGUCUCGCUCUCUUCCACAGGCAGCUGCUCAGUGUCUACUUCACCAGGUCCUUCUACAAACACAUACUGGGUAUACCAGUCAAUUACACUGAUGUUGCCUCAAUAGAUCCAGAGUAUGCCAAAAACUUACAGUGGAUCCUGGAUCAUGACAUCAGUCAGCUUGGCCUUGACCUUACAUUCUCCGUGGAAACGGAUGUGUUCGGGGUGCUCCAAGAAGUAGACCUGAAACCAGGGGGCAGCAGAAUACUUGUCACAGACGCCAACAAGGCUGAGUAUGUCCAGCUAGUGACCGAGCUACGCAUGACACGAGCCAUCAUGCCCCAGAUCAACAGCUUCCUGUCUGGUUUCCAUGACUACAUUCCUCAUAGUCUUGUACAACUCUUUGAUGAGUAUGAACUGGAGCUGAUGGUGUCAGGUCUUCCUGACAUUGACCUGGCAGACUGGGAGGCUAACACCGGCUACACUGGCUAUACUGUAGACACUCCAGUCAUACAGUGGUUCUGGGAGGUGGUAGGCGACUUCACACAGCAGGAAAGGGUCCUCAUGCUGCAGUUUGUGACUGGCAGUUCCCGAGUGCCAUAUGGUGGGUUCGCUAACCUCAGCAGCAGUGGAAGUCACCAGCAGUUCACCAUCAGCCACGUCCCUUACACUGCUGGUAAACUCCCCACAGCAUCAACAUGUAUCAACCUCCUGAAACUUGCUGAAUAUCCUACAAAAGAAGAACUGAAACGCUGCUUGAUGAUAGCUCUUCAGUGUGGAAGUCAAGGAUAUGGACUUGUCUGAUGAUAGCUCUUCAGUGUGGAAGUCAAGGAUAUGGACUUGUCUGAUGAUAGCUCUUCAGUGUGGAAGUCAAGGAUAUGGACUUGUCUGAUGAUAGCUCUUCACUGUGGAAGUCGACAUUCUCGUUAAAAUCUGGUCUUGGUCCUUACUUACUUACUUAUAUUAGGGAUUUAAUGUGCGCUUUCCGACUGAAAGCGUAUGUCGCACACAGGGUCUUGGUCCUCGCUACUGCAACACAUAUAUCUGAUUACAUCCCAUUACAGAUUACAUCAGAACGACCUUUCAUCCAACCAAUCAUGGCGGCACUUACGAGAUUGCGAAAGUUAAAAUCCAAUUCUGUUUUCUAAUCAUGCAGCCUCCGAAAGGUUAACAAGAGACAUUCCAAAUGACAGUUACACAUCUCAUUCCAUUAAAGUCAUCAUCUGUCUCUCACUUCAAUGGCAUAAACAUUUGAAACGGAAGAUACUUUCAUUAGUCCAUUGGAAUUACAGCCAUACAAUGUUGGCCAUCAGACAUUCCAGAAUUUUGUUUUGUUCAGUUUCCAAAUUUGAAUCAACAACUUGUCAAAGUAUUGUUCACAGCAUAGUAUGGAAUGGAAGUCACCAGUUUGGAAAUAGUGACUUCCAUUCCAGCCAGCAGUUUGAUUGGCUAGUCAUUUAAUUUGUCGAUAAAAGGUUGUUCCGACGUGAACUGCAUUGGAUGUCCUCAGACCUUUGUGUAGUGGUAGCCCAUAUGAAGAUUUGAUUUUAAUGAGAUUGGGACGUCAAGGAUAUGGCCUUGUUUGAUGACAACUUUUCAGUGUGGAAGUCAAGGAUAUGGCCUUGUUUGAUGACAACUCUUCAGUGUGGAAGUCAAGGAUAUGGCCUUGUUUGAUGACAACUCUUCAGUGUGGAAGUCAAGGAUAUGGCCUUGUUUGAUGACAACUCUUCAGUGUGGAAGUCAAGGAUAGGGCCUUGUUUGAUGAACACUCUUCAGUGUGGUAGUCAAGGAUAGGGCCUUGUUUGAUGACAACUCUUCAGUGUGGAAGUCAAGGAUAUGGCCUUGUUUGAUGACAACUCUUCAGUGUGGAAGUCAAGGAUAUGGCCUUGUUUUAUGACAACUCUUCAGUGUGGAAGUCAAGGAUAUGGCCUUGUUUGAUGACAACACUUCAGUGUGGUAGUCAAGGAUAGGGCCUUGUUUGAUGACAACUCUUCAGUGUGGAAGUCAAGGAUAUGGCCUUGUUUGAUGACAGCUUUUCAGUGUGGUAAUCAAGAAUAUGGACUGAUGAUCUCAUAAUGCAAUCAACAUGCCAUAAUUUCUCCUUCAGAGGCCAGGUAUUCAUCUGAAGUUGACCAUGGGAAUUGAGGAACUGUAUGUGGCUUCAGUGCAAAAUCUACUGACUGGCCAUAAGAUAGAUUCCAUGACAUUACAAAUUUAUUUUGGUACACCUUUAUAAUCAACUCGAAAAAUAAUCAAGAGCUAGGCCUAAGCCAAGGAUAUGUAAAGAGCAAGUGCAGAAAUAGAACAGCCUUGACCUCUAUUGGAGUAUUUUGGUAGAUCAAUACAUAUCGCUUUUGCCUUUCCAGACCACUAUACACUGUGCUAGGGCUGGGACAGGUAACUCAGGUUCUUGGGUGGGACCCGGGUACCCAGAGGACCCGUGGUUAGUCAUGUGAUAUGUUGUUUAAUGACAAUAAACACUCAAAAUCAAGUGUUA